AUAUUUGUUCAUUUAUUAAGGGUGAGAAAAACAACGAUUUUGUUUCUUGUAUAAAAAUAAGCCGUGAGUAGAAAAAAUUCAUGAGCCAAAUUUUAUACUCCAUAUUUUCAUAGGGUCUUCGAAAAGGUUGGGAUGGCCCUGAUCCUUUCAAAGUGAUCACGGUAGAGAAUUUGCUAAUGAUCCUUUCAAACUAUUAAUGAUAUUAGAUGAUCAUAUAGUGUAGAAAUAUUUAUCACUUCCAUUUAGUAUUAUAGUUUGAUUUAGUGAAUGAUUUCAAUCGUCUUUUGAUCAAAUCAAAUGAAAAAUUAAAAUAAUGUAAUUUUCCUUUUUCUUUCUUUCUUUCUUUAUUUUUUAUUUUUUAUAUGGGUUAGUUAUUUGACCGUGUACACUUAUUUUACCUGGUUUGUAUUAAUUUGAUUACUGGGCUUCAAGCCCAAAUUCCUUUCAAUGGGCCAAAUGAUAUACAUCCAUUUUUUAAAAAAGAAAAUAAAACUGAUGACACGUGAAAUGGUAUGAAAGAAACACGUGUUAAAUAGCCAUCAAAAGAGUUAAAACCUGUCAACCGCCUAAACCUUGCUCACAAAACCCUCAACACAAAAUAGCUGACUAAACAAACACUCAAACUCAACACAAAAUCUGAAAUAGUAUUUCAUCAUUAACCAAAUUACGGAGUACAAAAUCAAACAAUUGAUUAGAAAUGGAAGGAAGGAAAGAUUUGGGAGUGCAAACUAAAAGGCUUUUGAAGCGUAUUACCAAUAAGAACAAGAUUAAGAAGAAAAACAGUAUCAGUAGUAUUAAUUUUAGCAAUAUUAUUCCAGAUUUUGCUAAUUAUCUUAAAUCUGAUUCUUAUUUUUACUCCCACUUCAUCUCUUCUUCUCACCCGUCUCAUAAUUCAGCUCCAUUUGAUGUUGUUCUCUCUUUUAGAGAUACAGCCCAUACUGGUGAACAUAUUUUGUCAAAUAAAGGGCAAAUGAAGGAGAGGCUAGUGGAAUACCUUAAAUCUGAUACGUAUCUGUACACUCCUUUGGAAGGUACUCGACAUUGUGGUAAUAUUGCGGAGAAAUCUGUCAUUUCUUCCCCAAGAGGACAGGAAUUGCAAUUUACAAGAGUAACUAGUACAGUCUUGUCGGAGAAGAUUGCUUGGCAGACAAAAGAAAUAGCUGAAAAUUCUGUGGUUGAAAAGCAUGGGGAUCAUGGCUCAAAUGGUAUUCCUCAAGAUGCAAGUAUCUUAUUCCCUAAAACUCCAGGACUCCAGGAAGUAAAGAAGCAAGCAGCUCGCAGGAGCAGUCGAUUAUCAACAAUCUCAGGUUAAAGUACUGGAAUAGUAACGUAAACAAGUCUUUAAUGAAUACAUUGCCGUAAGCAGCUAGGGCAUAGAAACUUAGACUGAUUUCAUUUUGUAUAUGUGCUUAAUACUUAUACUGUAUCAUCUACAAGUAAGAUGUCGAAUGUUCUCUCGAUGAAGUCUAGAAUCAUCAAAAAGAAAUUGCUUAUCGUCGAAAAGUAAUAUAUAGCUCUUUUUAACUU